CGCCAUUUUACAUUAUUCCCACUUAAUGUCUGGUUUUCCCACGCCCAGAUCUUUGCAAAGUCAAUAUAAAGCAGCUUUACCUGUAUCAGGAGUAUGUGGUGUUCGGUUUGGAGUCCCCACUGGUAUGAUUUAGGGAGCAAGAUAAAUUGAGCCCAUCACCUCGUAGAUUCGCUGCCAGUGUCCAGGUACUUCAUGGCCGUUCAUAGGCUCGCAACGCUGAUCAGAUACGACGCAGAGUGAUAUUCGAGGGGGGGGAGAUGGGUAAAGUGACAAUGUCUGUCACCCACUCUAGGUGUAUACUGCGCAGCCUGCCUAAAAUACCAGCUCUAUUAGUAUUGUAGCCAACAGAGUAUUCGACAAUAAUCAAGUCAAGAAUGUAACCCCCCAUUCAUAGAACACUGCUAAGAAUAGCCGGUACAUAUCUCAUAGACAUCUCCCGUGAUAAAUAUAUGCUACGCCGACGUCCUUGUGUCUUCAAGCUCUCUCAUCCGACUGCAGUUGAAUUAUUCUACCCCUGUCGUUGAACAUGGCGGAAGGUGUGACAGCUCAAGCGAGAUUGGCUGUCGCCAUUGUCGGUCUUGUUAUUGCCUUAUCAUCCACCGCUCUACGCUUCUGGUUCAAAUUAUCGCUUAAGAAAGGCUUCCAGGCAGAUGACGGAUGGGCACUGCUGGGGAUCCUGGCCUAUAUCGCGGGGACAACUGCGGAUAUCUGGGGUCUUUUCAAUGGAGAUACAAGCAAGCAAAUCAUCGAUAUUGUCGCGGAGCUUCUAAAGAAUCCUACCCCAGCGAAAGUGAAGACACUUGAAAACUACUUGAAGGCUCUAUUCAUCGGUUAUUACAUUGCUCCAUUCGGACUUACAAGCGCCAGGCUCUCUCUGAUUCUGCUGUACCGGCAGAUCUUCGCCACACCAAAAUACCGGGUAGCCUGCACCAUCGCCAUCAUGAUUAGCGCGUUAUGGUGGGUUUCUGCUGUGGUAGUGAACUCGAUAUUGUGCAUACCAAUCAGCAAGCUCUGGAAGCGUCUAGAGCCUGGACAUUGUUUGAACUUCAACCUGUACUUUCUUGUCAUCGGUAUCUUGGAAACGACGAUUGAUUUAUAUAUCCUUGCCAUACCAAUAAAUGCCAUCUCUACUUUGCACAUGCAAUUCAAGAUGAAAUUGAUUGCAUCCACCAUCUUUCUUCUGGGAACCUUCACAAUCGUCACCAAUAUCCUCCGUAUGAAGUACAUUUACUCGCCCAGCGGCGGCAUUGACGUCUCCUUGAGCGCUUCCACAGUAUGGACCCAUGCUCAUUGCGCCACGGCGGUUUUGUGUGCCAAUCUUCCUGUGUACAAGCCCCUUGGGACUAUGCUCUCCAACCUCUACGGGGUAAUGUCUAGCUUCAUUGAUUCGCCCUUGCGCUUCAUUGGGAAAUACACCAGCAAGAAAACGAUUAGUGCAAGCAAGAAUCUCGGUGAUAACUUACAAAUAAUCGGCGAUCCACCCAAGCCCUCACACGGGCCAGGUUUCUAUACAGACGAACUGAACAGCAAUAUAAUCACUGAUUCAUCAUGAGGGGAUUACGCCUUCGACGACAGGGAGACCAGGUGACUCUUCGCUAGGCCUAGUGAAUAUGCUGAUCCAGGGAAUUAUAAAGACGCAAGAUAUUGAGAUAUGUGGACUCUGUAGUCCAGAGACUAGAUGCUUGAUUAUAUUUUCUACGGCUCGAGGUUGAGUAGUCUGCCAAUGUAUGCUACUACCAGUACUCGCUGUCCUACAUGCCCGCAAAUGUCCAGCCCCCCGAUCUUGAAAGCUAAAUUCCCCUCUAUUGCUACCCAUUGAUUGGAUCAUGAGAGAAAAAGAAGUUGAGUUCUCGUAAGAGUAGGGCUAGCAGUGCAGUCAAUCCACACCAAACGUGCAGUUGCUGGGCCACUGGUACAUGGAUGCCGUCAAAUUUUUGAUAGGACAAUAUAACGUCACGCUCAUUUAGCUACAUAAUGAUACUCUUUAAUUCCCC